AUUUUUUUCGAUUUUUACGGAAUUUUUACCGAAUUUUUGUUUGUUUUUUUGGGCCGCUCGCGUGCUGUGCAUAUUGGAAAUCGCUUGCCCACAUCUACCACCCAUUUUGCCCAGCAAAAGCAAACGGCAAAUAACAAAAAAACAUAAAAAAAAAACAUUCGGGGAAUUCUAAUUGAGUGCGCGCUAAUGCGUUAAACUGCUAGCCAAUUUAUAUUUUAAAGCCAAAGUGAAAAGGGCUUUUGUGGCCCAUUGGCUGCUGUUUGUUACUGUUUCGCUUUCUAUUUGAGUGGAAAUUACAUCCAUAAUUACGCCUAAUCAGUCGAUUACUGUCAUCGCAAACACGCAGCUAUCCGCAGACUCACCGCGGCGUUUGAUGACCACACAAAUGAGUGCCAGAUCGAACUGAGACCGAUUUGGGAUAAGACACGCUCCCCCAAUUACCUGUCACUGACCACCCCACUUGGCCAGUUAGCUCAGGAAUCAGCAGCAGCCUGAAAAGUUGAAGUAUCGUCAUCGAAAACAGGGCGAACCUUCAUCAUGGGCAAGAAGAACUCAAAAUUGAAGCAGGACACCAUCGAUCGCCUGACAACAGACACAUACUUCACUGAAAAGGAAAUUCGUCAAUGGCACAAGGGCUUUCUCAAAGACUGUCCGAAUGGCUUGCUGACCGAACAAGGCUUCAUCAAAAUCUAUAAGCAAUUCUUCCCCGACGGAGACCCCAGCAAAUUUGCCUCCCUGGUCUUUCGUGUCUUCGAUGAGAAUAAUGAUGGCGCCAUUGAGUUCGAGGAGUUCAUUCGGGCCCUGUCCAUCACAUCACGCGGAAAUCUGGACGAGAAGCUGCACUGGGCUUUCCGCUUGUACGACGUGGACAACGAUGGCUACAUAACCCGCGAGGAGAUGUACAACAUAGUGGACGCCAUCUACCAGAUGGUAGGACAGCAGCCGCAGACGGAGGAUGAGAACACGCCGCAGAAGCGGGUGGACAAGAUCUUCGAUCAGAUGGACAAGAACCACGACGAUCGGCUGACGCUGGAGGAGUUCCGCGAGGGCAGUAAAGCUGAUCCACGUAUAGUGCAGGCGUUAAGUUUAGGUGGUGAUUAGCCGCGGGACCUGUAGUCGUGCGGAGGAGGAGGGGCGGGGAGGGAGCGAUAGUGACGUUGAUGGGAGGCAACAACGAAUCAAGGAUCACGAUCAGGAUCAGGAUCAGGAUCAGGGUCAAAGGUCGCCCCACAAGCACGUUAACACACCACGCCCACGUGUACCAUAUGCCAUUUGACCUUUUGGGGGGCAGCUCGAUAGCCCCCCUCCUCCCCCUUCCACACACACACCCACACACCAUCACACACACAAACACACACACAGAGUUUAGCCCCUUGGGAACUCGUCUUAAGUGAAAUUCCAACUAAUAGCAAAUUAUUUACGCAUAUUUACAUGAUUUUCCCAAUAACAACAAACAGCGCAGCCGCAUAAAGCUGAAAACAAAAAACAAAAAACAAAAUUGGUUAAUGAACAAUUCGUAAAUUCGAAAGCAAAACAACACCAAUUUAAGUCGAAAAAAGUCGCUUUUUUAAAAACAUAUUUAAUGGAUGAAUAUAGGUAUUGAAUAAAUGAAUACCUACAUAAAUUAACUAUAAGGCACUUGCUCUAUGAUGAUCUUAGGCAUUUUUAUUGAAAUGCUUGCCAAGCAAACGAGAAACUCCAAUUGACAACUAUCGCGAAGAUGCGCCGAUUAAUUAGGCCGGUGAUUAGUUGCAAUUUUUUUUUUUCGAAAACUAGAGUGCAGUGAAUCUACAGCUACUCGAUCCAAAAACAUAGAUAAUACAUAAUGCAGCAUAAUACUAAGCUGGUACUAAUGCUUAUAAUAUCUACAUAUAUACUGGUACUUGUACCGAUACCAAUUCGCUAUUGGCUUAGAAGCCACUCAAUUGUUAGUUUCUUUUUAUUUGCCAGGCCAGCUGCUCUAACUGUUGAUAAUCGAACGUGUUGAUAAUCGAAAUUGAAGCUACAAUUAAGCCAAAGACGCCACACACUGACACACUCUGUCCUAUUUACUCUCAAGCUAAUCAAGAUAAUCGCAUCGACUCUAUUAACUCAAAGUCCUUAAGAGUCCUUAAAAUUGGUGGACAAACAUGCAUGUGGAUAACGUAGCGCUAUGAAGCAUGCAGCUUGUGUACUCCUCUUGGUUGCCCCCCCCAAAUCUUUAGUCUCCAUUCUUUCCCCCCAUUGAGCUUGACAAUCAAUCUGAUUUUGCUGCGAACCAUCUAAUGGUUCCACUCACCCGUUCACCUCAAGAUUUCAUGUCAUCGGGGGCACAGGAGGAGGCCACUCUUUGAUAGAGGAAGAAUCUUUGAUAGAACUUUAAUCCUUUUCUAUGUGUUUAUUGUGCAUGCCUUACCAGAGCAACGAUAAUAUCAAAUUGUGUAUUUCUACUUGUAUUUGUACUUGUUUUUACACCUCACCAGAGCUUGAAAAUAUAUCGUAUGGGGGGAAAUCCCUAUAAUGCCUUACCAAAAAACAAACGAAAACUAUCGCCCAGUCAUUGACUCACUCUCUAUCUCUCUCUCUCUCUCCCCAUCUCUCUCAAUCUCUCGCCAUCUCUCUCCAUCUCUCUCCAUCUCUCUCCAUCUCUCUCCAUCUCUCUCAAUCUCUCGCCAUCUCUCGCCAUCUCUCUCCAUCUCUCGCCAUCUCUCUCCAUCUCUCUCUAUCGCUCCAUCUCUCUCUGAUACACACGUAUGAUUUUCGAUUUGAUUAUCCUUUUCGUUUGAUGAGCAUCUUCUUCUGCUUCUAAUUCACAAGAAGAGCCAUCUAAUCACCAUGCUAAAAUAAUUUCUAUAUUUUAUAUGUGGUUCAGCUUUAGAUUGUAAAGGAAACGUUAUUGUAAAGUUAUUAUCUCAGUAGCCAGUCCACUGAACACGUUUAUAAGAUCCAUAUCCAAUUAUUCCUAUCCAUCCCAUCCAAUAUACAAGUAUCGCCCUCAUCAGCAUUAAAUCCGAAUUGUAGUGUUGCAUUGUAGAAACUCCAAAUUGAGCUUCCCGCUUAGAAAACCAAAAUUUCACCGAAAUCGAUAUGCUAGCCAAAGACUUUUGCUUUGUCGCUGAGGUUUCAGAUUGGAUCGGCCCUAGAUAAUGCUUGUCUCAUCUUUUCUGACACCGAUAUCCCGAUUCCGAUUCCAAAUCCGAUUCCCAAUUCCGAUUCCGAGGUUUCCAUCACAUAUUUUUUUGAUUGCCCAGCACCCGAUACAUAUUUCUAGUUGUACACUCGUAUUUAAAUAUACCUAGAUAAUGGCCAAAUAAAUUGAUAUACACACCUAUAUAUAGAGAGAGAAAUAUAUAUAUAAAUACAUAUAUAUAUAUACACACACAGAUAUUGAUAAUUAUAUAUACAUAUAUUAUUAUAUAAAAGUCCCCAUUUGUAUUUUACUUGUGCAAUUUGCAAAUUGUUUUUGCAUAGAUUUAUUGUUGGAAACGAUUUGAAUUUAAGAAGACACUCACACUUACACUGCACAAGAUUGCAUGCCUUUUUGUCCUUGAAAAAAAUAAAAAUAAAAAACGAGUAAAUCAAGCGAAGCUGAGAAGAUAUCGAUAUCUAAAUAUAUGAAACUAUGAGUAUACCUAUACAUAUGUGCAACAGAUACAAAUCAACAGGUCGAUGGAAAACGAAACUAAAACCAACUGCAGCAACAAUCAAUUUUCGCGCUUCUUACACACAAAACUUUAAAUUAUUGUGAGCUACAUACAUAUAUUGUACAUACAACGGCGAAAAAUUGAGGACGCCCCAAAAAAAAAAUAAAAAUUCAGCAUAGACUAUAAGAAAAUCCCAUACUCACCCCCACACGUAUUGCUAUAAAAGCCAAUAAGCUUAACAAUAAUCUCAAAAACAACUUUUGUCGACUACUCUAUACUCUAUUGAUAUGGAUUUUUUUUUUUGGGUAUCUAGUAAGCUACUACAUUGAUAACGUUAAUGAUACUGAUAGCAGAUGAAAACCUUACUUUGUGUGCAUUAUAUUCAACAUAAGCAAUACUUAAUUUAGCAUUCGAAUGCAUUAAGCAAUGUUUAUUAACAAUUAAAUCGAUUCUAAACUUAAAACCCCAAAAUGGAAACUCAUUCUCACACCACACACACGCUCUACAUUCUACAUUCUACAUUCUACACACAAACACAUACCUAACAAGUUUUUGGAAUUAUCGCGAAAGGAAUAAGAUAAACUUAAAGCAAACAAAAA